AUGAAAUUUACCGGUGUAUAUCUGGUGGUGGUAGUAUUAGUCGCAGCCUUUAGCUCCACCGUCGUCAACUCAUGCCCGCCGUCGGACCGGGAAGCAUUGUUGGCGUUCAAAUCGGCCUUGAAUGAACCUUAUUUGGGCAUCUUUAAGACCUGGACCGGCACAGACUGCUGCAGUAACUGGUAUGGUAUCAGCUGCGACCCGACUGACAGUCGGGUCAAUGACGUUGUACUACGUGGCGAGUCGGAAGAUAAGAUUUUCGAGAAGGCCGGCCGGUCUGGGUACAUGACCGGUUCACUCUCUCCUUCUCUAUGUUCGCUGGACCGGCUUACGACGCUUGUUGUCGCCGACUGGAAGGGGAUUUCUGGUGAGAUACCGGCGUGUAUAACUUCUCUCCCUCACCUCCGCAUCCUAGACCUCAUCGGGAACCAGCUCACCGGAAAACUCCCUGCCGACAUCGGAAAGUUAGGGAAAUUAACUGUUCUGAACGUCGCUGACAACAAAAUCAGCGGUGAGAUCCCGUCGUCCAUUGUGAACCUCGCGAGGCUAAUGCACCUAGAUCUGAGCAACAAUCAGAUCACCGGCGUACUCCCUGUGGAUCUCGGAAAGCUAUCGAUGAUGAGCAGAGCUCUUUUAAACCGCAACCAAAUUUCAGGUAGCAUUCCAAGCUCAAUCGCCGGCAUUUACCGUCUCGCAGACUUAGAUCUGUCAAUGAACAGGAUCUCCGGUUCAAUUCCUGCUCAACUCGGUUCAAUGCCUGUCCUCUCGACACUCAACUUAGACAGCAACCAACUCACCGGACAAAUUCCGGUAAGUCUACUAAGCAACACUGGUCUAAACAUUGUGAAUCUCAGCCGAAACUCUCUCGACGGCUACUUGCCGGACGUUUUCACUCCACGGACGUACUUCUCCGUGCUGGACUUGUCAUUCAACAAAUUGAAAGGCGCGAUACCGAAAUCUCUGUCGUCGGCAAAGUACAUCGGCCAUUUGGACCUCAGCAACAACCACCUCUGUGGUUCGAUUCCGAUGGGAUUCCCAUUUGAUCACCUUGAAGCGUCAUCGUUUACCAACAAUGACUGCCUAUGUGGAUCGCCGCUCAUGCGUGUAUGCUAG